GCCUGUACUAUCAACGUAUAAAAAAAAAAUCUAUAUAUGACGUCACCUUUUUUUUUUUAAUCUUCCAACUGUGGUCCCAAGCGUCGCCAUCUCAGGCAUCUCAGGCAUCUCAGGCACCGUAUUCUCAUCAUCGAAACCCACCAUCCUUCCGUUUUAUUUAUCCGUCUUUACCCUCCAAAAGAAAAAUCCUUAUUUUGUGCAUUGAUUUAUCAACAAUACUACUGUACUGCGUAAAAUUGCCACAAUAAUCACCUCAUCCGACAGAAAACUUGAGUAUCCUGGGCUCAAGGCGCUUUUUACACAACCCUGUAUCGCUGUUUUUUCGUCUGUAAUCGCUAAAACAGCCUUGCAUCUUGAGUCACAUAGCCAUGGACUCCUCCGCGUCGUCGAACUUUGACCCGAACGCGCUUACUUUCCGCAACUAUCUGACUCGGCCCUUGCAGCACUCUUCAAACCCUCAGUCGGUCCCUAACAUACCAUCAUAUCAGGAACUGUCAGUGCUUCAACAGGAACUGCUCUAUCUGUCCGAAAAGGCUGCCACGCGACACGAGAAGUACGCGAACGAACUCGCUCGUCUGGACGGUGGGGCGAAUUUUUCACAGUCGAAGGAUUCAUCAGUAUCUUCGACGCCUAACUCCUCAGCAUCCGCAGCCACAUUCAAUUCUGCUUCCCAAGGACUUUCUCAUACACCAUCUGCAGGCGCCAAUACUUCGAACGCAGCACGAUCAAGCGCAUCCCCUAAUACCUCCUCGCCAUCAUCUUUUUCGAGCAGCUCCAGAGCAGGAGGACCAUCAGGAGCACUUACGCAGGGCGCAGGAGGCUCUCCAGCUCUUGUUAAACUGGGCGUCGUUACGUUGAAGCUGAAGCGAUCCGAUGCAGCUGGUACGUGUGGAAUAGAGUUCAAAGACUGACGAUGAACAGAAUGCAAGUUCGACUACAAACACAAUCAGACUUAGGACAGGAACACCCUCCCUUGUUCAGGAUGGAUUCCUGAAGAAGAAAAAGAAGCGC